AUGAAUUCAGAAAAAAUACAAAUCAGUAAUUAUGGCAUCACAAAUUUGUCACCAGCAGAUUUAUGCGAUGUUGUCCAAUCAUGCCUAUUGAAUCACAAAACAAAUAACGCAACGGCUAAAAUGGUUUUACAAUUCUUUUGUUCAUAUACAAUAUGGUUCGAUUGCUUUUAUGGAAAAUAUAUGAUAUCAAACCGAAAACGAAACUUUCCAAAUACCUUUGGGAUUUUGGAGCUGUUUCGGUGA